AUGGUUGGAAAUCGCCCCGUUGAUUUGAGUGGUUUUCAUGCUAUUCAUGGUUAUAUACCAAAUUGUACAGAUGAAGGACUUCGAAAUGUUUUUUGUAUGAAACCAACAAACAAUAAAAACAACAAUAAUUUGGAUACAACAACAAUUAAAACAUCUAUUAAAAAAUCAUUUCAAAGGAAUAAAAUAGUUCAUUCUUAUGCAAAACCUGCAGUUUUAUCAAAUUGUGAUCGUUAUUUUGAAAGAGUGGUGCAAUCGAAUCCGUCAGAUAUUAGAAUGGAGUCAGCAAUCCCUGGUCUUUCUAGUGGAGUAUUUUACGAAAAUUUAUAUAGCAAAUAUCGACGUAAUGGAGAUGUUUUAACUAAAUUACAAUCAAAAACUCCUGAAUUACCUCCAGAUCCAAAUAAUAAACAAAAUUCGUUUUGGGUGUUUUCUGAUACAACAACGUCUUUUAUGAUUUUGGUUGGUGUUUUCUUCCCUUCUGUAACAGGAAUAAUGGCAGGUUCAAAUCGUUCAGGAAAUUUGAGAGAUGCUUCAAAAUCUAUACCUGUUGGAACCUUGGGUGCUCAGUUAACAACUUCUAUAGUUUAUUUAACUGGUGCUGGUCUUAUUGGUUCUUCUGUGGCAGAAAUGUUUAUAAGAGAUAAAUUUGGGCAAUCUGCUAUGGGAAAACUUGUAAUAGCUGAAUUGGCAAUUCCUCAUCCACUUCUUAUUUUGAUUGGUUGUUGUUCUUCCACAAUAGGUGCUGGUAUGCAAUCUUUAACUGGUGCUCCAAGAUUGUUACAGGCUAUUUCUGCUGAUGAUGUUAUACCCUUCUUGCGGCCAUUUCAAAAAACUGAUAGACGUGGAGAACCUAUUAGAGCUAUUUUCUUGACGCUUUGUAUAUGUUGGUUAGGUAUUUUAAUUGCCGUCAUAGAAAAUAUAACAGCAUUAAUUACACAAUUUUUCCUAAUGUGUUAUUUGGGUGUAAAUGCAGCAUGUGCUUUACAAUCUUUACUUAAGGCUCCAGGUUGGCGUCCAUCAUUUAGAUAUUUUCAUUGGUCUUUAUCUACUUUGGGAGCAUUUUUAUGUAUUGCUGUAAUGUUUAUAUCUGCUUGGUAUUUUGCUUUGGUUGCUAUAUUUAUUGGGGCUGCUGUUUAUAAAUAUAUAGAAUAUGCUGGAGCAGAAAAAGAAUGGGGUGAUGGAUUAAAAGGUCUUGCAUUGUCUGCCGCACGUUUUGCACUUUUAAAUGUUGAUUCUCGUGGAAUUAUGCAUACUAGAAAUUGGCGGCCUCAAAUUUUAGUUUUAUAUCCUUCAAAGAAAAUGGAACAACUUUAUUCAAAUUUAGAAAAUACACGUAAAGGUUUACUUGCAUUUGUAGCCCAAUUAAAAGCUGGGAAAGGAUUAACUUUAAUUGCUGAAUGUAUUGAAGGACAAUUUGCUCAAAUUUCUAAAAGUGAUAUUUGUACAAUUAAAGAGGAAUUACAAGAUGCUGUAAAAGAAAGUAGAAUUCGUGGUUUUUGUGAUGUUUUGGUAACUGAACAUUUUAUGCAAGGAAUAUCCCAUUUAAUUCAAACGUCUGGUUUGGGAGGUCUUCGACAUAAUAGUGUUGUAUGUGCUUGGCCUGAACAUUGGAGUGUUUCUAAUGAGAAUCAAAACCCAAUGAAAGAAGCUUCUUUAUUUGCCCAAACUGUUAGAACUAUUUCAGCUGCAAAUUGUGCUAUUUUAGUUCCAAAAUAUGCAAGCAAUUUUCCUACAUGUAGUGAACGUCUUAAUGGAACUAUUGAUAUUUAUUGGGUUGUUAAUGAUGGUGGUCUACUUAUGCUCAUACCUUUUUUGCUCAUUAAAAAUAAGUAA